GCAUAACAGUGCAAGGGGAGGGAGAGGGAGCCUGCCACUAUGCAUGGAAGUAUAAAAGACAGGACUGCUGGAUGUGGGCGGUACUGUGGGGCUACUGAGGAGAGACGCUUACAGGCAGAAGACAACCAAAUCAGGAGCAAGAAUGUCUAUCAAAAGUAUCCACGCCCGUGAAAUCUUGGACUCUCGUGGUAACCCCACAGUGGAAGUUGACUUGCACACUGACAAAGGUCUGUUCCGGGCAGCUGUCCCUAGUGGUGCAUCAACUGGUAUCUAUGAAGCCCUUGAGCUGCGGGAUGGAGACAAGUCUCGCUACUUGGGCAAAGGUGUCACCCAGGCAGUUGACCACAUUAACAAAACAAUUGUACCAGAACUCCUUAAACACAAACUGAGUGUUGUGGAGCAGGAGAAGAUAGACAAGGUCAUGAUAGAACUUGAUGGAACAGAGAAUAAAUCAAAGUUUGGUGCAAAUGCCAUCCUGGGAGUUUCGCUGGCUGUCUGCAAGGCUGGUGCUGCUGAAAAAGGUGUCCCACUGUACCGACACAUAGCUGACCUGGCUGGGAAUGCAGAUCUUAUACUUCCUGUUCCUGCCUUUAAUGUAAUCAAUGGGGGCUCCCAUGCUGGGAACAAGUUAGCUAUGCAGGAGUUCAUGAUCCUACCAGUAGGAGCAUCCAGCUUUAAGGAAGCCAUGCGCAUUGGUGCAGAGGUCUACCACAACCUGAAGAAUGUAAUCAAGGCAAAAUACGGAAAGGAUGCCACUAAUGUUGGUGAUGAGGGUGGCUUUGCCCCCAAUAUAUUGGAGAACAAUGAAGCUCUGGAACUCUUAAAAUCUGCUAUUGAGAAGGCUGGCUAUCCUGACAAGAUUGUGAUUGGCAUGGAUGUAGCUGCCUCAGAAUUCUACCGUAAUGGCAAGUAUGACCUAGACUUCAAGUCACCAGAUGACCCCAACCGUUACAUCACUGGUGAGCAGCUUGGCAACAUCUACAAAGACUUCAUCAGUCAUUACCCAGUUGUCUCCAUUGAAGAUCCCUUUGAUCAAGAUGAUUGGCCAACCUGGAAAGCUUUCAACAGUAGUGUCAAUAUCCAGAUUGUAGGGGAUGACCUGACAGUCACUAACCCAAAAAGAAUUCAGAAAGCUGUGGAUGAGAAGGCCUGCAACUGUUUAUUGCUAAAGGUCAACCAGAUUGGGUCAGUCACAGAGUCCAUCCAGGCCUGUAAGUUGGCCCAGAGCAAUGGCUGGGGAGUUAUGGUUAGUCACCGGUCAGGAGAAACUGAAGACACUUUCAUUGCUGACCUUGUAGUGGGACUCUGCACUGGACAGAUCAAAACUGGUGCCCCAUGCAGAUCUGAACGUCUAGCAAAAUACAACCAGCUAAUGAGGAUUGAGGAAGAGCUUGGUGCCAAAGCUCAUUUUGCUGGGAAAAACUUCAGAAACCCAAAGGCUGCAAAGUAAAGAACACACAACUUUCCUCACCUCAAUGUACUAAAGGACUACAAAUGAAACACAACUGGCAUUUAAUUGAUCUGAGCAGUUAAAGGACCUGCAGAAAAGUAAAACAUUCAUCUAGCCUGCUGUUCACCAUGGACUUUGGUUUGGUGUAAUAACUGCCUUGGCUCUAGGUUACUGCUCAGCAUGGACUUUGAUGCUUGGUGUAGUGACUGCCUUGGUUCGUUUUUGUUUGUCUGUUCUGGACAAUUAAAAUGCCUGAAAAGUGA